AUGUCUACCACGACAAAGAAUAGAAAACAACAGUCGUUGGAUGGCGUCGACUUUGGCGCUGAACAAUCCAACAACCAACUCACUGAGAAGCAACGCCAGGAGUUGGCCGACUUGAAGAAGGUCGCCCCCGCCAAUGAGUUUGGUGGUGCCAUCGGUACUCCAUUGCUCACAUUCGGUUUGCCAAUCGUCGUCUACUGGUUGUGGGCCUCGCUCGAGUUCAACCAAGGAUUCCCCCUGCGUCCCGAGUCCCUCUCGCUCGAAGGCUUCCAAAAGUUCUUUGGCCUCCUCUACACCCUGGUCAUGGAGCACGCCUACCCCACCAAGGAGGCCGCCAUCAUCUACUUCUCCUGGUUCUUCUUCCAAGUUGCCCUCCAGCAUUUUGUCCCAGGCAAGCACGUCCUCGGCUCGCCACUCCCCGGCGGUGCCCGUCUCCCAUACGUCCUCAACGGUUGGGCCUCAUGGUGGAUCACCAUGAUCGCCGUGCCCGUCGCCGUCUACUUUGGUCUCUUCAAGGCCACCAUCCUCUACGACAACUACGGCCCAAUGCUCACCGUUGUCAACCUCUGGUCGUUCGUCUUCACUGCCCUGCUCAAGAUCCACGCCGUCGUCAAGAACGAGGAGGAGCGCAUGUCUGGCUACUUCUUCUACGACUUCUGGAUGGGCUUUGCUCGCAACCCCCGUAUCGGCUCGUUCGACCUCAAGCUCUUCUGUGAGGCCCGUCCCGGUUUGAUCCUCUGGGUGCUGAUGAACUUCUCGAUUGCCGCCAAGCAGUUUGAGCAGUUUGGCUACAUCCCCUUCUCCACCGUCAUCGUGUCUGCCUUCCACUUCUGGUACAUUGCCGACUACUACUACCACGAGGAGGCCAUCCUCACCACCAUGGACAUCAUCACCGAGAAGUUUGGCUACAUGCUCGUCUAUGGAGACCUCGCCUGGGUGCCCUUCACCUACUGCUUCCAGACCUACUACAUCCUCAAGCACACCGACGCCAGCGGAAACCCCCAGACCCUCACCCCACUGUACACCAUCGCCGUGCUCGCCCUGUUCGCCUUUGGCUACUACCUGUUCCGUUGGGUCAACAGCCAGAAGCAUGCCUUCCGUCGCAACCCAGACGAGCUCAUCUGGGGCAAGAAGCCACAGUUCAUCCUCACCAAGCGUGGCACCAAGUUGCUCACCAGCGGUUUCUGGGGCAUCUGCCGUCAUCUCAACUACACCGGAGACAUCAUCAUCUCGUGGGCCUGGUGUCUGCCAUGCCAGUUCGACUCGAUCGUGCCAUACUUCUACGGAAUCUACUUCACCACCCUCGAUCUCCACCGCUGCCACCGUGACCACCGUGCAUGCGUUGAGAAGUACGGUGAUGACUGGAAGGAGUACUGCCGUCGUGUCCCAUACAUCUUCAUUCCAAAGAUCUUCUAA